UCUGUGUCUCAAUUCUUCAGGACGUAUCGGUUCAUCCAGUCACCUUGCCUUUUGAGUCACCUACUCACCCUUGGAGGCCGUUGGAUGGGCCGUCCAGUGGGCCUCUCGCCAGCCAAGGACUAGCUCAACUCAUAACCGCUAGUUGAGCUUGAACUUCGGCCCUUGCUCCCCCAUGGCUCAGUCUCGCCCCCAAAUGGGUGAUGCCCCAUUUUCCCAUUGGAUUGAGUAUCUCAACUCGGACCAGGGCUCAGAUUGGGCCGAUGUCGAGAUCCGGGUGGGCCAGAGUCAAUUCUGGGCCCAUCAAAUGGUACUGGCCUCGCACAGUGGGUUCCUCAAGGAUCUGUUCUUGGACCAUGUCGUGGAUGAUGGACAGACGUGCGUGGUCAUCAUUCCGGAUUUGGAACCCGAGCAGUUCCGAGCUAUUCGAGAUUUUAUGUACGCGGGACAAGUGCCUUCCGAUUUGGACACCUUGUCCCCAGCUCAGAAUUUGCUCAGAUUGGAAAAGAGUCGUUAUGCACCGGUGGUUCCGGAGGUCAAAGAGGAGCAGCAGCAACAGGAUCAGGUCGAGACUUGGGUGCGAUCAAAGCGGAAACGGAAGAAGAAUCGCAGGUUGGAACAUUACGAAAUCACCUCCGAUACCCUUGAAGGGAAGGAGGAACCUGAGAGCCCCGGAUUGGACUCCACGCCAGCCCCUGAGGUGAAAAACGAGACCUUGGUCGAAGAAGUCGAUACCGAUGAAGGGAAUACGGAUGAUUCAGAGUCCGAUAGCACGGCUAAAACGAGGAUUUCACCUAAGAAGAAGCUGACCAAGAGGCGACCUCGAAAGGAGGAUUUGUUGUGCUGUGAUCAGAAAUUUGAGGAUGAGGUUCAUUUUGUUACGCAUAAAGAAAGUGUUCAUUUGGAAAAAGUCGACGAUAGCCGCUUUUUAAUCUGCUGCGGCGAGAAGAUCAUGGGCACAUUUGAUGUCCAUCUGAAGCGGAGACAUCAUUUGAGCGCGGAUAAUCAACAGGCUAUUUGUUGCAACGUGACUUUUCAGGAUCUGGGUGAGCUCUCCAAGCAUUGCGAAAGUCGCCAUGGCCUGAAAGUGUCUGAAUACCGCCAGGUGAAUUGCUGUGCCACCAAAUUGGCCAAUUUGGCCGAAUACAAGGAACACAAGGAUCAAGACAAUCACGUCGAAUGCUCGGAAUGUGCCUUCCUCAGCACGGACGAGCGGCAUUUAGAUUUUCAUAAAUUCAAUCGCCACGGCCAAGGCACUCAAUCUCAAGUCAAGAAAGCUUUAUCUUGCAAAUUUUGCCAACGAGCCUUCAAGCACAUCCAUCAAAGGCUCGAGCACGAGGACAAGCACGAUGAUUCGUUCAAGUACGAUUGUCAGAGUUGUGGCAAGAAAUUCAAGCUUCUGACCUCGCUCAAAAGCCACGUGUACCGCAUGGGCAAAAACCACAAUCCUCGGAAAAAGCAGUACAGCUGCGAUAAUUGCGAAAAGAUCUUUCCCUCGAUCGUCUCCAAACGGAAGCACUACCGCGUGGCUCAUCAAGGAAAAGAUGCCCAUUCUUGCAUCGAGUGCAAUCUGGUCUUUGUGGACAAGCAUCGCCUAGAUAAUCACACCAAAGUAGUCCACCUCAAAGUCAGAGAUAUCCAAUGCACUUUCUGCGGGAAACUCUUUGCCACUCAGGAGAGGAUGAGGAUCCACGAGAAGUUUGUCCAUGUCAUCGAUACCGAGGGAGUCCAGUGUGAUGUGUGCCAAAAAACCUUCUCUAAUCGCGAGAGGAUGGUGGACCAUCGACGAUCCGUUCACCGUGAUCGCAAGUACCAAUGUGAGGCUUGCGGGAGCACGUUUAAGAAUUCGUCCACUCUCAAGUCUCACGUGGUAUCCAUUCAUGUCGAACAUCAGAAAAAGCCUUUGAAAUGUGGUGUCUGUGGAAAAGGGUUCUUACACGAUUCCCGAUUGAAAGCUCACGAAAUUAUUCAUACCGACGAGUUGCCUUUCAAAUGUCAAUUCUGUGGACGUCCCAACAAAUGCAAGAACAACAAUUUGAAGCAUGAGAAGCGUUGUAAGAAGUCGCCCGAGAAUGGAGGAUCCGGUAAGAGGUCUGUGGAGAAUUCGCCAGCCCCAGGAGCGGAUCCAAGCACACUGAGCGAGGACCAAUCUGUCGUAUUAGAAAUAGCGGGUGAUGACCUGACCAACACUGUGAUGAUCAAUGAUCUUCCAAUAUCUUCGGUGAUCACAAUGCCUGCUGAUUUCCUCAGUGCCAACAUCGAUAAGGACGUCCUAAUCACUUCAGAAUUAAAUUGAAAGUACGUGGACAUGGCAGUGCUCAGGCGUACAUAAAUGAAGAUGCAUUUCUAUUGCUUAUCAAUUGAUCUAGUGAUGCAAUCGAAUCGACAUGAACACAGAUCUCGCAAAA